CGCACCACACCCGCAGCUAUAAGAGCAGCCACGACCAGCCUCUCUGCCCCUCACAACCUUCACGACCCGCAUCUUCACCUACAACCCGUUUUACAUUUUUACGACCGUCACCAACUACCAAUCACCAUGGGUACCGUUGUCUCUGCGAUUGCUGGCGGCAUCGAGGCCAUCGUCUCGGCCAUUGCGAGCAUCAUCAUGAUCAUCGUCGGCACCAUUGCCACGAUCAUCGUCACCAUCUUCGACAUCAUCUUCGACAUCAUCUGUUGCAACUGGUGCGGCGGACGCACCCGCAGGACUGGAACGCACAGAUAUGGAUCAUGGGGUUCGGGACGCAGAGGCCGCUCAACAAUCUGAGUGACUGACUGCUAGGCACCCCUUUCCCUUUCCCCUCACCGUACGAAGACGAUGACCUAAUGAUACCGCCGCAUACCCCUUGCAAUACCCUACCAUGUGUUUAAUCACUCGCCUCCUGGACGUAGACUGAAUCAAUGUAUUCAUGCAGUAUGCACUGUCACUCUGUCGGUGGGAUCCCGUCCAUGUAAGCGUUGAACAUGAUGGCAAGCAUUCAUGCUGCUACCGUAUAGUCUAAAUCGUGCAACAAAGAGACAUAAUGUAGUGGCUUCUUUCAGUAGCUCAAGACAAGUGCCGUUCAGUGUUGCCAACGUCCGCUUCAUGCAUCAUGAAGGGUGCGAAGUCUCGGGAUGUUGGACUUUGAUAUAUUAUCUCGUGGGCUCUGUUGAACGCG